AUGAUCGACGGUAAGGCCAUCGGCCGGGCCAAGGUCGUCACCAUCCUAGGCCUGACAGUGGACCAGCGACUGCUCUUCAGGGAGCACAUCAAGCGAAAGACGGCCCAAGCUCGCUCCCGCCUAGGGCGAUUACACGCCCUGGGUUGGGAACGGGCUGGGCUCGACACCAAGCGGAUACUGAAGACCUACCACCUGGCCGUGCUGCCCUUCCUUGGGCACGCGGUCAGCGUCUGGGCGGAGGCACUGGAGAACCCGAAUCUGGCCAAGGCCGUCGAUAGCGUGUCCGGCCUGGCAGCGAGGAUAGCCAUUCGGGCCCCUCGCUCGGCCUCCCACGCCGCGGCGAUGAUGAUGGCCGGCCUCACUCCGGCUAGCAUCCAAUUGAGAAUGCUGGCAGGAAGAUGCCGCGCCACCACAGGUACUCCUAGUGACCUAGCAGCGGCCCUUGGGCCUGGAGCGGCGGAACCGUCAUGGCGAGUGGACCGGCGAGAGACCCAUCCUCUCCCACCGUGGCUCCCCUCCCUCCCCGCCUCCAUCCGCCCCAGAGAAGAAGCGGUCGAACUGGCAUCGGCCUACCGAGGCCCCGCCAUCUACACGGAUGGCUCCAAGUUCGGCGAUAGUGCCGGCGGGGCCUUCCUGGCUGUCAAAGAAGGAGAAGUGGUGGAGCGCCAAGCCUUUAAGCUUGAGCGGUUCGCCACCAUUCACCAAUGCGAACUGGAAGCCAUCCGCAGAGCCCUGCGAUGGCUGAGCUAUUCGGCUCACAGAGGUAUAGAAUGGCUUCUCUUCACAGACUCUCAGGCUUCCAUCCGCACGAUUCGAGGCCGAGAAGCUACCGAGAGAUCGGCCAUCGCUCGUGACAUCGCCCAUCUCAGCCUACACGUCAAGGUGCAGCUGAACUGGUGCCCGGGCCAUGAAGGAGUACAAUGGAACGAAGCAGUGGACCAGCUGGCCAACACCGGCCGGAAACAGCUCUUCCCCCUGGACCGGGGUGCUGCUAUGAUGGUUCCCCCUUCCUAUGUGAAGCACAUGCUCAAGACCCAGAUGGAGAAGGACACAAGGUCCUGGUGGCUUGAGAAGCGAGCCACUCUGGGCACCAGCGUACGGGACUUCCUUUGGGGAUUUUCCCAUGCCAGAAGAUUCUUGAAGGCUG